CCGCAUCAUCGCCUCUAGACUACCUCCUCACUCCUCGCGAAUCCUGCACGUCACCUGAAAGGGGCUGAACAUGCUGUAUAGGCUGGCUCUAUUGUGCAUCAUCCCGACGUUCGCCUUGUCGGCUUGGGCCCAGUUCCAAUUUUUCGAACAUAUGUUCGGUCAACCCAUGCACCAACAACAACAGAGGCCCCCAGGACCUUCAGGUGCAGGCCAGUGGAUUGCGCACGCGGACAGCGUGGCAUGCUCGCAGUACUUAUGUCCUGAGACGCUCGUCUGCGUCUCGAGUCCGUCGGAUUGUCCUUGUCCUGAUUCCGAGGACAUAAAAUGUUUGGUGCCUGACGCAAAGGGCAAACACCGAGCUACUGUCGUGUGCACACGCGGAGCCAUCGAUUGCAAGCACGUCGAGCGAUUAGCUUCUAAGCUUGCAUGAACGCAGACUCGGUCCAUGAGCAGGACGGUGAUUGCUGAGCGACCUAAGCCCUCUUGGGCAUUCUGCUUCUAGUAGCCGGAAGGCGACGGUAUCUGGUGAUGUCAUGUAUGCCUGCACCGUUCCGAGUCUGUUAAGUGUAAUGCUGUGCGCAACUGAAGCUGAAGGCUAUCACUCAGAGACCAAAAAAUGCGUAUUACAAGUGUCAA